AUGAGUUUUAAGUUUGGCGCCUUCUCCGGCCCAUCGGCUGGUGGAACAGGCUCGUCUUCAAUCGGUGGAGGAGGUGGUCUUUACGCCGGGAUAUCUUUGGGUGGAUCGAAUCCAGCCAAGAAAACGACGGAUGAGCCUAUCGAAAACUCGGCCUCCGACUCUGCUCAACCAACGACAGUAUUGGCCCCCAACACAACUGGCACCAAUAUCGAUCAGGACGAGCAAUUGGGCAAUAAUAAUAACCCAAAUGAUGAUACCAAGAAAGAUGACGAAAAGUCUAAAGCUUCUUCAUGGUCUUCUUCCCUCCGAUUCGCGCCGGUGAUUCGAAAACAGCCCGCAAAAUCAACUACCAAGCCUUUCGCGGUACCAUUCUCCGCCACGGUCUCAGUUACCGCCAAGUCCGGUCUCGCCGCUACUGCUUUUGCACCUGAUGACGAUCACGAAGUCGCCCCAAGUAAUCCAACUAGCCGCACGAUGCACAUUCCUGGCCGUGCCAAGGCGGCUCUCAAUGCACCAGCGCCAGCACCUCCGACCUCGAAGGCUCCCAGUGUAUUUGCGCGGAAAGGCGGAUUUCUUGCGGCACACGCCCCCGAGCGUAUUCCUGGAAGUUCCAACGCCACUGGCGCAUCCGCGGGUACUCUCAACGCAUCAACCACCGUUGAGAAAGUUGACUCUAGCAUUCCGGGUUUCAAGCAUUCAUUUCCGGCAAUGCUUGCUCAAACAACAACCUUGAAAGGACUAGUACCCUCCAAUAACUCCGGGAAUUCUAAUAAGCUCCUGAAAAAGAAACUGGAACAACCUCCGCCUCUUACCUUACCCGACGAUGAGUUUGGGACAGGUGGGGGUGGCGAUGUCAAUGGAUUUGGACAGUCAGAGGCCGGUCGCAAAUUGGCCCUGAGGGCUGCUAGAAACUCCAAAAAAUCCAAGAAGAAGGGGAAAACCCGUGAAGUAGACCCCGCAAUCUUGUUCAUGGAAGAUUAUGACCCGGCUCGACCUAAUGAUUACAAUGAAUGGAUGAACUUUAUCAAGCGCCGACGUGAAGAGCGCCGCGAAGCCUUACGACUUGAACGCCAGCGUCAACAGCGCCAAGAGCGGGACGAAAUGUCUGAGAGUUCGUACUACAGCUCUGAUGAUGAUGGCAGCGGUAGUGAUGAUGCCAGAGCGGCUCCUCGAACCAACUUCUUUGCACCACCUCCAGAGUAUAAUGAAUCUAGCACGAAGGAUGAGAACACCCAACGCCCUUCUUCACUGGGAACGCUUCCUUCGAUGCCACGCGCCGAAACUGGAGACGAGGCUUAUGCUCGUCGAGUAGCCUUGUCUCAAGGCAUUCCUUAUAACCCCCCACAGCAUAUCACGGGCACUGAAAUUGGUAUGGCUGAGUCCGGUACAUCAGCAGAGCCGCCGCCAACGAGCGCUGGACCAAUUGUAUCCGUUGCUGAUGCUCAGGCACGUGCAAAGUUUAUCGCGGAACGUCUUCAAAGAUUACAAGACUCCAACAAUGGGGGACCCGGUGUUUCGCCAAUACCUGGUAACGAUUCACCCGGAGCCCCUCCAUCCAUACCGCCCCAACUAGCAUCUGAUCCGCCUCCGACAAUGUUAGAGGCUCAAGCUAAAGCUAGGAUGAUUGCAGCCAAGCUUGCCGCUCUCAAUGGUGCAAAACCUUCAGCAAUCAAUACUACUGGGCUGCAGCAGACGAUUCCACAGCCUAACCAAGCAUCUGGUUUAAUGGGGCCAACCGCUGAGGCACCGAACAAAGCUCCGGGCCAGCCCGACUUCGCCCGGCGAUUGAUGGAUAAGUACGGCUGGAAAGAAGGACAGGGAUUAGGAGCCAAUGAAUCAGGCCGAACGAGCAUCCUGACGGUAGCAGCCGCCCCCUCGGCCCCUGGCGGCAGCAAAAAGCGCAAAGAGAAUCCUGGUGAUCUCGCCAUGCCUGGGGCGGCGGGACCGCAAAAGAUCGGAUCGAUGGCCAAAGGAAGAGGUGUGGUGAUCGAUGAGGCGAAAUCCCAGAGAGAUCUGGAAGAGAAGAUCCGGUACGGGGAGCCGACCCGGAUCGUCUAUCUGACGAAUGUCGUAGCGGUUGAGGAGGUGGAUGAUGAGUUGGCAACAGAAAUUGCUGAAGAAGCAAGGAAACAUGGGAUCGUGGAAAGGUGUUUUGUUCGAAUCGUUCAACGAGGCGAUAGCGCUGAUCCCUCGGAGAAAGUCCGAGUGUUUAUCGUGUAUUCCGGAUUAGUUGGCGCCUGGAAAGCUGUUAAAACGUUUGAUGGUAGAUUUUUUGGCGGUCGAAAUAUUCGUGCUAGAUUCUUUUCGGAGAACUCGUUCACCUUGGGCGAUUGGGACGCUUGA